AUACUUGCGCGCGCACGCUUUUAAUUUCUCUGGCGUUGCGCGCAACCGUGCCCGUGUGGAUUUUCCCCCUCCCUUGCCUAUUUGUGACGACGGUUACUAUAGCGACGGAAGGUGGAAUUCCCCUCCCCAACAAUUGCUGGGUUUCUCUCCCUAGCGCACGCCAGCGCUCCCCCCUCCCCGCGCUGUGGACGACGCUCCGAGCGUGGUUUGUGAGGGAAGGAAAGGGGAGGAGAGAUGAGAUGGCGGCCGAGGGGGAGGCGGAGGCAGAGGUGGAGUGGGUGGUAGACAGCAUCGCCGGCUUCCUCCGCAGCCCCGCCUGGUCCACCCCCAUCGUGGAGUUCGUGGAGCAAAAGUGUGAGGUUUUUGAUGAUGAAGAAGAAAGCAAGUUGUCUUACACUGAGAUUCAUCAGGAAUAUAAAGCUUUGGUUGAAAAGUUGUUAGAUAGUUAUCUUAAGGAAGUUGGAAUUAAUGAAGAGAAAUUUCAAGAAGCUUGUAUGUCUCCUCUUGCCAAGACUCGGACUUCACAGGCCAUUUUACAGCCAGUAUUGGCAGCAGAAGACUUCAGAUUGUUUAAAGAAAUGAUGGUCCAGAAAAAUAUUGAAAUGCAGUUGCAGGCCAUAAAAAUAAUUCAGGAAAGAAAUGGUGUGCUACCUGAUUGCUUGAUGGAUGGGUCUGAUGCAUACACUGAAAUAGAAGAAGAAGAAAUGAAAAUAUUGAGGGAGGUUCUUAGGAAAUCAAAAGAAGAAUAUGAUCUAGAGCAAGAAAGGAAGAGAACUGAAGAGUCAUAUGAUAAAGUGAGAUCUUCUGACGGUGCACACAAAUCUCCAGGACGUCUGAGUGAAAGUGCAGGAACUAAAGAACUUGUUGAACAUGCUCCCAGAGUGCCCGCAGGUCUUGAGGCUAAAAACAAAGCACUUCCUACUGGAGAACCGCCCUCUGCCAAAUUGAAGGACGAGAGUCUGAAAAAAACAGUUGGGAAUGGUUCUGGAUGUGUCACAAAGCAAGCAGGGACUGAAGGACAAAAUUUACCAAAACUUGAAGUACAUGAGCUCAGGGAGCGAGAGGAAUAUCUAAAACAGAAACGAGAUGCACUGAUGGCUUUGAAGAAAGAUUCAAAAAUUAAUUUGGCACCACAAAAUACAGAUCAGAAAGAAGAGUUGUUACCUUCCAAAGAGGUGAAGAACGGACUGUCAGAAGAAGAAGAGCAAAAGGCAUUAAAGAAGAAAAGAGUCCUUGCAGCAAAACUUAAAGAAGAAGUUAUUAACAAGCGAUAGUCUAGAGAAGUCAUUUCUAAGAAGAGCUGGGGACAAGAAUUAUCUUUACAAUAUAUUUAAUCAUGAACUGAAUUGUUUGCUGUCAAACACCCUAUACAUUAAUUUGAUUUUAUAUAUUCCAAAAGCAGUAAUUUUCUUCACUAAGUUUUUUAUUAGAUUGGAAAGUAAUGACUUGAUUUAGAACACACUAUCUAUACUAGGUUUUAUUGUUUCAGAACAUUAAGCACUGUGUUUAGAUUCCUAAAAUUUUGAGUGUAUGUUGCUGAAUGUGGACAUACUAGUGAGGACUCACAAGGACUUGUUUGGGGAGGGGGCACCUUAUUUUCCACUCUCUCACUAGUUCUUCUUUCCCUGAAACUUCCAUAGCCCCUCACCUUUUCCUGCUUCUCUCUCUCCUUCUCACCCGCUGCCCAACCUACAUUUAUCUGCCCCCGUCUUCAGCUUUCCUUUCUUCUCUCUGGCAGCCUCUACCUGACAAAACUAUGGACCAGUUGCAAGGUGCUGGUCAUUGGGCCGGGCCCAGUUGCACCACAGGGAACCUGCAAGGACUUUCAAGGGGCACCUCAUUUUCCUUCCUAUCACCUUCCCCCCACUCUUUCCCCCACCUUCUGGUAUAUCCUCAUCUUUUCCUGCUUCCUUCUUUCCACUCACCCACCCACCAACCUACCGUUUAUUUGCUUCAUUUAUAAUGCAUCUUCUUCCAAAAUGGGGACCCAAAACAGCUUACUUCCUUCUCCUUUCCUCCAUUGUAUCCUCAGAACAAGCCUGGGAAAGCAUGGAUAGAAUGGCAGGGCACAAUUUCCAACCUUGCACAGAGCUCAAGCAGGCCCAGCUCAGUCAUUCUGUCACAGGACCUGGCCCAGAUGGUGUUGGAGUGCGCUUAAUGGCCAGUCUGCCCCUAUCUGUAAAGUAAAUUAGGCUGAUAAUGUGUAAGUGGCCCAAGGUUACCCAGUGAGGUUACACAGCAGAAUGGGGAUCUGACAUCCUAGUCUUAAAACUAACCACUGCAUCACACUUUUGUGGUGUGGUUGCUGUUGAGCAGGAGCAAGCAGCCAGGCCUGGAUGAGUCAUGUAUCAAGUUACCUGAUGGUUGCUGUUGGGCUUAGCACUAGUGAGUCCUCCUCAAAGGCCAAAUCAGCCACAGAAAUGGCCUCCUUUUCUCCAUCCCAUCCAUCCAUCAACUUUUUAUCUGCCCUCCCAUCAGCUAUAUUUAUUAUUUACUUCAUUUAUAUGUUGCCUUUGUCCCCAGUGGGUACUUAGAGCAGCUUACAUCAUUCUCUCCAUUUUAUCCUCAGAACAACCUUGCAAGGUAGGUUAAAUUGUGUAACUAGCCCAAAGUCACCCAGAAUGGGUAUUCCAGCCUGAAUCCCCCACAUCCUAGUCCAAAACUCUCACUUUACCACAUUGGCUUUUGUGCGGUGGCUGCUGCUGAAUAGUAAGCAGCAGCCAGGCCUGGGUGAGUCAUGAAAGUCAAGCGGUAGCAAGUUGCCUGGUGGUUGCUGUCUGCUCUGACCCUAUAAGUCCUCCCUCAAAGGUCAAGACAGCCCUGGAAAGGGCCUUCUCCUCCUCCCAGCCUUUUACUGGCAGAAAUCAAGCCUAGCAGGCUGGCAAAACUCUUACGGUUGACUUGCAGCAGCCACUUGAGAGUGUGUUUCUUAAAGCUACUGGCACUUCAUUUAUCAUUUGGGUAAAUGAUAAAUUUACCCCCCCCCUUUUUUUUUAAGUUUCAGAUUGUUCUGCAAACUUGGGGUGUUUUCAGGUUUGUAGAAAGAUCUGUCUUGUUCACAUCUCCAAUAUCUGGCUUUAAGUAUUCUUUGAUUCGGCCAGGUUGAGAAUUAGAAUAUACUCAGUUGAUUUUUAAAAGUAAGAACUUGUCAUAACUUGUAACAGCUUAGCAUUAAAAUGGUUAAACUCAA